AUGAGGAUUGAAUAUGAGGACCAGCAAAUUGUAGUAGCGCCUACCCAACAUGUGAGAAGAUAUGUCCACGAUCUAGUAACAGAUGUACGUGGAUAUAGUGGUGAGAGGACCUUUCGAGAUCUGAUGUUUAUGCUAUUUGGAACGGAGUUACAUGAGAUAGCUAUAGCUAAAUUAAAUCUCAUAUGCUCUGAUGAAUAUGCAAAAUAUUCGAGAACUCGUGUAUUUAGAAGUUUCCUACAAUAUGCGAAGGCGUCAGCUUUGACGUCACACGAGUUCGUAACUUAUGUAUAUAAGUUACAGUCCAGGGCAACAUCACAAGCGGUAUGCAUAUGCAAGGAAGUAUUACCGCACACCACACACUGGAAGUACCAUGAGUGUCGCCUACAAAUUUGGAUGUUAGAGGCGGCUUUAACAAAGCGUGAGGGACAGAGUGUCUCUCCCAACCCACACUUUGAGUGGGAGGUACUUAUAACAAGAUAUGACGAUUAUGGCGCUCCAGCUUGUCUGGAGCUAACUUCAGCGAGUACCACCAGCCUAUCAGGCUCAAGUGGUAUCUAA